AUGUACACCCCCGACGGGGGUCGAACCCGCAAUCCUCAGAUUAGAAGUCUGAAGCGUUAUCCAAUUACGCCACGGGGGCUUACAUGUUGUCACAUGUGUUAUAAACAAAUCCGACAUUUAGCCAUGUUGUGGUGUCCAGUACUGGAAGGUUUAUUAGGCGUUAGCCAGUUUCUGAUGAUGGACACCAGAUGGUGGGUUCCUUCCAAGGUUUGGUCUGGUGGGACAGGAGUGGUCUCCCCAGAUUUCUUGGGAAAUCUUGUUUCUGAUACCCCUUAUACCUAA